UCAUAAGCAAGCGUUUGAGAGUGUGCAGUGCACUCUAUAUAAAUCCCACCGCAUUUCACACUUCGCCUCUUCUUCCUCGUUCUUCUUCUGCAAAAUCCAAUCUCACUGUCUGAAAUCCCCAAUCUCAUCGCAAAGUUCGUUUUUUUACGGUCCUCAACAUUGUGUUUGUUAUUGCUGCAUGGCUAAUGCACUGAAAGAGAAAUUGGAGUAACAGAAAUACCAAGAUGGAGCAAGAAAACCAUAACAACAAUCCCGAUGGUUCUGGAGAUGUGCCUUUGAAGCGCAAACGUGGUCGGCCAAGGAAAUACCCAAGGGCCGAUUUGGAGGAGGGUCCCCAUAUCCUACCUGGUCAAAGCAGUGUGCAGAAUCCUGUUCGUGAUGAACAUACCCCUGUACCUCCUGGAUUUGUAGGGGUUAAUGGAAACCAACACCUUCAAAGGGGCCAAGAAAAUGAUUCAAGAGAUGCCUUGGUAAGCCAGGUAGUUUCUGGUGUAAUUGAGGCAGUGUUUGAUGCUGGAUAUUUGCUCAGUGUAAGAGUCGGUGAUUCUGAUACUACGUUGAGAGGGGUAGUCUUCAAGCCUGGACGUUAUGUUCCUAUCUCACCUGAAAAUGAUGUGGCUCCAGGUGUUCCAAUGGUCCAAAGAAAUGAGGUUCCUUUCCCUUCAAGAACCACUCAAGUUCCUACUCCUCUUCCGAAGGAAAAGAAUGAACAGCCUGUGCAUGCUUUUAGAAUUGAAGGUCUCCCAAUGAAUGGUUCACCGACAGUCCCUCCAGGGCCCAGGGCAACAGUUAAUUCUAGUAAUUUGGUUCCCUGUUCUGGAAAGAGCGUGCCUUCUAUGACAGGCCAAACCAGUCAUCCACUGCCCAGAGGGAACAUGGUGCCUGUUUUGCUCCAACCUAAUAACUUUUCAAAUGGGCUACAAGUUUCUAAUCAAACAUCACAAGUGGCCCCAGUUUCUCAAAGGGGUGGAGCAAUUGUCAGCAUAGAAGUUCCGGUAGAUGGAAAUCAAGAACUCACCUCUCAAGCUCAAACAACCCAGAAUACAUUGCCAAGUGGCAUUCAACAUGGAGAUGUUCCACACCAUCAAUCUUCAUCUAACGUGCCACAUCAUGAUGUUGACCAAACCAUGAGAAUUCCUGACAUGCCUUUUGAGCAACUGUUUACUGAAGUUGUUAAAAGGAUUGAAACACCUUCAGAUUCUAUGAAUACGGAGGCUGAAAAAUGCAAGUUAGGUGACAAAGUUAAUGACGGGGAUCAACCCGUCUUGAAUAAGCCUCUGCAAGAUGUGGAGUCUCAUCUUCAGGAAAACUCUGCUCCUAAACCUUCAGAUUGUACUGAAACUGGCAAAAUGUCUGAACUUUUGCAGAACAAUGCAGAGAAUCAGGCAUCAGAAGCAGCAGAGCUAGGAUCUGGAAACAAGUUGGAUGAUGUACGUAAAAUUGGAACUGAAAUUGGAGGUGGUGAAACUGUUCCAUCAACAAAUCUUUCUGAGCAUUGAAUGGUUAAUUUAUAAUUACUUUAUCAUUAGUGGCUACUGUGCCAGCCUGUUUGUCUAUCACAAAAUAGUUAAAUUUCCUGGCAAAGUGAAAUAUUUAGAUUUUCGAGUUCCUCACAUGAAGGAUCUUAAAUAAUUUUGAACUUGCAAGCGUUGUUGGGUUUGUGGAAGUCGGAUGUUAGUUACUUUUUUCACAAGGCAACUGUUGUAGAAAACAUAUUUUGUUGUUUCAAUUUCAAGACUUUUAAUCAA